GUGAGCGUGCUGUGAUCUUUGUUUGUUUUUGUCAUCAAUAAAAUGUCGUCUUCGUUGUAUGAGGUGGAGUAUGCCAAAAGUGAUAAGUCAGAAUGUAAGAUAUGUAAAUUAAAAAUUGAUAAAGGGUAUGUGCGCUUUGCUAUUAAUUUACAAUCAGCAUUUUGUGACAAGAUGCAAUCUCAUUGGCACCACGAAGAAUGUUUUUUCAAGAAAAUAUUUCUUCACAAUGUUAGUGAAAUAGGAAAGUUUAAUUUACUUUUGCACAAUGAUCAAGAGAGAAUAAAAGCUAAAAUUAAGAAAGUACCUCAUGCAGCUUUACCACUUUCUGAUGAAAAUAAAGUUUCUAAAAGAAGUUUUUGUUCAAGCAAUACAGAUAUCUUAUCAACGUUUUCUAUAGAAUAUGCUAAAACUAGUAGUGCGACGUGUAGAUAUUGUGACAUUAAAAUCAUUAAGAAUGAAAUAAGAAUAUCCAAAUCUAAGUAUGACCCUAGAUAUGGAGAUUGCCUUAUGUGGUAUCAUCAGAAGUGUUUUGUUGACAAACGCGAAGAUCUUAUGUUUUUUGCCACAGGUAAAGACAUACCAGGUUUUGAAAAUCUUAGAUCUGAGGAUCAAACAAUGCUAAUGGAAAAAAUUUCAGAUGUAGAUGAUGACUUUAUUUCGAAAAAAUUAAAAACAUGUUCAAAUAAUGGUUCUGACGCCGAAGUUAAUGAAGAAUUACAAGAUAAAUUGACAGAACAAAGUAAAGUGUUUGAUGCCUAUAGAAAUGAUUUGAAAGAUUUAACAAAAAAUGAAAUACACGCAUUAUUAAAAGAAAAUAAUCUAGAUUUACCUUCAACUCGGGAACAAUGCAUAGACGGUUUGGCUGAUUGCAUGGCCUUUGGGGUACCAAAAAAAUGUCCCGAAUGUAAUCAAGGCCAAUUAAUACUCGACAAUUUUUAUUAUAGAUGUACCGGUGAUGUAACUGCUUGGACGCAGUGCUAUUACACCACUAAAGAACCAGAAAAAGAUAUUUUUAAAGUUCCGGAGUCCUUAAGAAGUCACAAAAUAUUCCAAAAUUAUAAAAGUAAUGUUAUUCAACGUCUUUUUUGGAGUAUGCCUUUAACAACGGCCAAAGUUCUUGACACAUCGGCCUCUACUAAUCCUCAAAGAGAAAUAUCUUAUCCAUUGAAGAAUAUUCAAUUCUUUUUAUAUGGUAAACUUAAAGCUCCUAAAGAAGAUCUCAAGCUUAAUAUUUUGAAAUUAGGAGGACUUGUAGUAAAUAAACUUACAGAUACAACUGCUGCUGUAGUUACUACCAAAGAAGAAUUAGAUAAAAAUUCUACCAUGAUACAAACAAUACAAAAUAAAGAUAUAGAAGUAAUUGAUGAAUCUUAUUUUGAUUUUAUUGAUGCUGAAAAUGGAACAGUAUUAGAUUCUCUAAGACUUAUUCAAGAAAAAAAUAUUGCUAGUUGGGGGUGUGAUCUUUUUAAAAGAAUACCAAAAAAUGUUUUGGAUGGUAAAGUUGAACCUAAAUCAGGAAACAUGUAUAAAAGUUCAUCGAAACAUGUAGAAACAAAAUCGGUGAUUAAAGAUGGACAUCCAAUUGACAUAAAAUCAGGUCUUCAAAAUAUCGCACAUGUGUACAAGGAUAGCGAAAAAGCUUAUUCAGAAGUUUUGUGUAAAUUCAGUGUAGAAAACAAUAAAAAUUCAUAUUAUAAGCUACAAUUACUAGAAGCUGAUGACGAAAACAAGUAUUGGGUUUAUCGUUCUUGGGGAAGAACAGGAACAACAAUAGGUGGACAUCAAAGUGACCCUUUUACAUCCAUCGAAGCUGCUAAAGAACAUUUCCUAAAAAUUUAUACUGAAAAAACUGGUGAUGACUGGAUUUCAGAAGAAUUCAGUAAAAAAGCCAGAGCUUACGUUCCGAUUGAUAUAAGUUAUGGAGAUAUCAAACAAUCGACAAUUCAAUUUGACUCUGAAGUUAAUUUACCGAAAUCAGUUCAAUUUCUAAUUACGAAAAUAUUUGAUACCGAAAUAAUGAACAAAACUCUUCUAGAAUUUAAACUUGACCUUGAUAUAAUGCCUCUUGGAAAGUUAUCAAAAUCUCAGAUAAAGUUGGGGUACAGUGUGCUAGCAGAUUUGCUUCAAAUGUUUGAUAAUAAUCUUGCUGAUGAAAAAAAGAUUAAGGAUGCUUCAAACAGAUUUUAUACUUUAAUACCACAUAGCUUUGGAACUGAUGGUAUUAAACUUUUAGAUUCACCAGAUUACAUAAAGCAAAAAAUUGAAUUAUUAGACAGUCUGCUAGAUAUUGAAAUUGCAUAUAAAUUAUUGCAAUCACCUACUGAUGGUUCUCUGACUCCUAUAGAAUCUCAUUAUCUUAAAUUAAAAACUGACAUUAGACCAUUAGAUAAAACGACACCUCAAUUUGAACUUAUUUCGACUUACAUGAAAAAUACACAUGCUCCUACUCAUUUAAAUUACACACUUGAAAUUGAGGAACUUUUUGAAGUUAUACGUGAGGGUGAAGCAGAACGAUAUGAAAAAUUUAAGCAAUUAGAUAACAAACGUUUACUUUGGCAUGGGUCAAGAAUAACAAAUCUAGCAGGAAUUCUCUCCCAGGGUUUGCGUAUAGCACCCCCUGAGGCGCCUGUUACAGGAUACAUGUUUGGUAAAGGUAUAUAUUUUGCAGACAUGUCCUCAAAAUCUGCAAAUUAUUGUUUUGCAAAUAAAUCGAAUGAUACAGGAUUUGUUCUAUUGUGCGAAGUAGCUCUUGGCGAAAUGAAGAAAUGCUACGCCGCCCAAAACAUUAAAAAACUUGCCGAAGGCACACACUCAGUGUGGGGGGUUGGUCGAACGCAACCAGAUCCUUCACAAAACAAGAUAAUAGAUGAUGGUGUUAUUGUACCUCUUGGUACGCAUAUUACAACACAGGUAGCCAGUUCCCUGCUUUACAAUGAAUUUAUUGUUUAUGACGUAAACCAAGUAAAUGUAAAGUACUUAGUACAAUUAAAAUUUCACUUCAAUUAAAAGUAUGACAUUUUUUAUACGUUAAGUACUAA